UUACAUAAGGACUAGUAGUGUAGUGGUAUUGGAAACCGCCUGUCAUGCAGGCAAACAGGGUUCAAACCUCAGCUGGGCUUUUUUAAAUGUCAAGUUUUAUUUCAGUUCCCCCUUUCCAUUUUUUAUUUACUUUAUUUUGUUUUUCCAGUACAGCAGGCCAGUGCUAAGAAAAUACAAUCGCAUUUCUCCAAACCCCAACCCUAACCCUAACCCUGUUUUUAAAGACGUCACACACCACCACCUGAUGACGACCCUGACGAAGGCGGAAGGUAUUCCACAGAAACAUGUCGGAACGUUUUACAAAAAACAAACCAGUGUCUGAUAGAAAAUAAUCUAAGUACUCAGAGACUCUGCAAGUUUCUCAUAAAGGACUGGUCAGCCCAAUUUGACAUUGCGUCGUCCUGGGCCAAAAGAAUCUGGGCCCCCACUUAAAGCAGGGGACAAUAGAUCAUGCCCAAGGUGUCAUUGUGGCUAAACUAGCAGAUCUAAUCAAAGAUGCUGAUGCUGCUGCACCCCCACAAGAGGAGGAUUCAGCUAAAAGCCAGGCCAGAUCACCACAAGACGCAGCAACAACUGAUCUUCUGGACAUGCAACCACUGAUCACACAGGCACAAAGGUCAGCUCCCACGACUUCAGCACCACAGAGGACCACAGGCAGAAUUAAGGUGAGAGCAGAAAUACAGGUGAAAAAUAAAGGUGAGCGGCAGCAAGACAUAGUAUCUGAGUUAAUGAGAAAAACUAAAGAGGAACAGAGAGCAGAGGAGGUGAAGGACUUUAAAUUAACAACAGAGACUGUGGAAAGAGGUGGAGAGGUGUUCAAACAGGUUGGAAUGGGUGGUAGUGAAUGGGUUCAGGUGUGGUGUUGCUGCAGUUUUGCUGCCAUCUUCUGGUGGAAAUAGGGAAUAGUUUUUUUGCUAUUGGCCUUUUUUAUUUUUUAAAGGGCUGAGGGGAGAGAGGCCGCACUUUGGAAAUGCCUGAAUUUUAUAGGCAUAAACUCUUUAAAGGCACCCAAAAUGUCCACAAAGGGUUGAAGUAAUGAUGGAAAUAUUUUGAAGCCUGAAAGUUACUCCACAACUUCACAAUUUACAGUUACAGUUACUUCACAAUUGUGAAUGCCAUGCUACAUAUAGAAACAUCUGUUCACAUUUUUCAAAACACUUAAAGUGAAGGCUCUAUUUGUUUUUAAACCUCCCAAGUUCAAAGGUCAGACAGUUUGCCGAAGCCUAUUCCAGCAGCAUCUGAAUGGACCACCCUGAAUAGGUCGCCAUCCAUCACUAAGUGUUUUUAAACAGGCUGAACUGAUAUCUAAAGACAUGCUUUGGAAGAAUCGCAGAAGCUGGAGAAUCGUAUCAGUUCCAGAUCUCACAGAAACCCGUAAGAUUAUGUCUGCUGUCUGCAGACUUUUCAAGCCUUUCAGCAGAUGUCUGAUGCAGAAGAGGUAUUCUAUGGCAUGGAGAAAGAGCUGCUGUGUUUCAGUGCUUGCAUUAGGUCCCGCCUCCACCCUCACUGGGAACAGCAGUCCUCUCAUGAAGCAGCAGACGGAGCAGCUGAAAACAUCUGCAGGAUGCAAGCCGCGAUUCUCCUCUGGAUCCUCAGCCUCCUGUUGAAGGAGGUGCAGGCAUGGGGCUACAGAAAUGGAAUAUUUCAUAACUCUAUUUGGUUGGAACAAGCUGCUGGAGUUUACCACAGAGAGUCACGCAAAGGGAGAUACCAGCUGACAUUCAUAGAGGCCAAGGCUGUCUGUGAUUACGAGGGGGGGAAGCUGGCCACCUACGAGCAGCUGGAGGCGGCGCGACAGAUAGGUUUCCAUGUGUGCGCAGCAGGAUGGUUCGACAAAGGACGCGUUGGUUACCCUAUUGUGAAAGCUGGCAUCAACUGCGGCUUUGGAAAAGUUGGCAUCAUCGACUAUGGAUUCAGACUGAACAAGAGUGAGCAAUGGGAUGUUUACUGCUACAACCCAAACUCAAAGGAGUGUGGAGGAGUUCUGACCGACCAGCAGAAGACCAUCCAGUCUCCUGGUUUUCCUGACAAAUAUCAGGAUGGACAGAUUUGCUACUGGCACAUACGAGUCCAGCUUGGUCAGAAGAUCCGCCUCAGCUUCCUGGAGUUUGAUGUAGAGGAUGACACAUCAUGUUUGGCUGAUUACCUGGAGGUCUACGACAGUUACAACGACAUCGCUGGCUUUGCAGGGAGGUUUUGUGGUGACUAUUUACCUGAAGACAUCGUCAGCACUGGAAACGUGAUGACGCUGAAGUUCCUCUCGGAUGCUUCAGUCACCAGCAGUGGCUUCAGGCUGCAGUAUGUCGCAUUUAACGCGACAGAAACACACCAAUGAUGUUCCUGCGCACAAAUUUCUUUCUGCUCCAUUUUUAUAUCCUACAAUACUUUUAGUUCUAAUGACGCAUUUAGUAUGUUUUCAUAAAGACAUUUGGUGGUGAGAGGUUUAAAUGUGUUUGGGAAAAUAACAGGGUCAUUGUUUUGCCACAUGUUUUUGUGGAGAGCAUUUUUACUGCAUCUUAUUUUAGUUUUAAAAAUAAGAUGCAGUAAUGGCCUUAUGUUAGGCUAUGUAAAAAUAUUCUUAGAGGCUUUCGUUCUGACAAAAAGUUUCUUCUGUUACACAUUUUUUUCAAAGUAAAAAUACAUAAAGUCCCACUGUGAUCAUGUUUUGAUGUUUUGUCAAAGCGCUCUCUUUUUUUUACGUUUAUUCAGUGACGUGUUGACAGCAAACACAUGAGACGUUUUUAAUGCUGCUGUCACCAAAAAAUCCAUUUCCCUGUCAAUGCAACACUUUUAGGAACAGUUGAAAGCUAACAUCAGUGUCUGAUUAGGAGAACUGCGUUUCUCUACAGCACAUGGGUGUUGAACCCUCAUCACUUCGCACACACCUAAGCAUGAGAGGGGCAGGGGGUGCGCGUUUGGGGGGGCAGUGAGACUUUGCCCCCCCGUCCCAGUUUCUGCAUCAUAACUGAAGCUUUUUCUAAAGGCAGUUUUUCUUCUGCGACUAGAAUAAAGAAAAUAGCCAGAAAUGCAGUUUUGAUCUGGAUUUUUCUCCUCCAUCAUCAGAAAAAUGCUACAAGAACAUGUUAACACAAAAAUAGCUGUUUUGUUGGAGUGGGUCUUUAAAUGUCAUCACAGACUUUGAGAUAAGUCAUGUUUUAGACAACAUACCAGUAAUGUGACAUUAGAUAAAGGAUAACCAGCAUUCAUGACUCAGCAAAAACAUCAGUUAAGGUUGUAGCUCGUAGCUCUGCAACCUUGAAUGCUGUAAGAACCAUAUGGUCCAGUUUCUUCCAGACCAAAACCUAGAAGAGCCACCAAGUCCCACCUCCCCAUUUACAGCAUUUACACUUUAUGCUUCUAUGGCCUUCAUUUAUAAAAUGUAGCUUUUACCAUCCCAUCCAUUUUUUUUUUCAAAAUUGGAGGAUCGGUAUAAACAUGACGACCUAAGCUUGAGCUUUAGGGCUACAAGCUUCAAGUAAAAAAAAAUUGAAAGGCUUCUAAAAAUAAAAGGAAGUGGAGGGUUUUUACACAAAAAUCACAAAGAUUUCUAUCAAAAAGGUAAGAAACAUGGACUUCAUUUACAAGAAAAGGUUACACCAGAGUGCAAAUUCUGUUUGUGUGUGUUAUUUUGUAUGAGUUUUUGUGUUAUCUCUGUGUGCGUGUUAAUAUUGUCUGUCAUAUAAUGGCGGGAAUUGUAGCUUUAAGAACGAGUGUCUUUUUAAGGAGAGGUAUCAACUGAAGCUACUGAAAGACCCUGAAACGCAUUUUACGCCAGAAAUGUGAAUAAUGCAGACUUUCAGCAGCAUGGGAGAAGCGGGGCUGGUGAGAAACAGCUGCGGAACGCUGCAGACGCUGGUCGGUCAGAGAACUUUAGAAUUUUAGAAUUAGUUUGCACGGCGGGCGGUUUUUCUCUAUCUGCUACCUUGCGGGUGUUGGGGGGGUCUGGACUGCUGCUGCGGCUUGGUUGUGGGGAUGACUGGGCACUCCAUCAUUCACAUUAGAAGAACAUAAAAACUCACUCGAGCACAGGUGUUAGCGCACCUUUGCACAGUUAGCGUGCCUGAAUGAAAUGUUUCACGUGUUGGUCUGAAGGCAUAAGUAUGCGUGUGGGAACAUUAGUUGUAUUGUGUACAUGUUUUCUUUUUUUUUUUU